GCUGCGGAUACGAUGAUUUUUAUGAAACUACAAUAAUAAAUAUUUUUACACAACUGUGAGGGUUGGGGUGGACGUCAAUAAAAUACAAUUUAAUGAGUAAUUUAAUAAAUAACAUGAAUAACAUUCGGCAUGUUUGCGGUUUUCAGAUUACUGUGAGGGUUUGGAGCUUGGGGUAUAUGUUAAUAAAUUACAAUUAUUGGGUAAUUUAAUAAAUAGUAUGAAUAAUACUCGGUAUAAUUACUGUUUUUACGUUACUGUGAGGCAUUUAAGAGUAGACGUUACAUAUACAUUAAUAAAAUACAAUUAAUGGGUAAUUUGACAAAUGAUUCUCGUUAACAUCCGGUCGCGACUGUAUCCCUUUAGCACAAUGACUAGCAACGUUGUCGGUGUUGUUUUGAGCGCAUUUCUCUAGUUUCUCAGUAUUUCGGAUGUCAUGAGUAGAUAAAUAAAGAUGAGUUCUCUGGCGCAGGAGAUCGCGGGUUUCUCCACGGCUCGGUUACGGAAGCAGAGCACCAGAGUGACCACAGUGAGCGGUCAGGUCCUCAUGGAGACUCGCAGCGGCGCUGAUUACCACAGCACGCCGGACCCGGAGAGCCAGAGCGCGGACACCUGCGGCUUCGUGCAGGACUUCAGUCUGGAUCUGCAAGUGGGAAUCAUCACACCCUUCCUGCUGCUCUCAUCUCAGGAUGCUGCUCACGACAUCGACACGUUGAAGAAACUAAAGGUGACGCAUGUGCUGAAUGUGGCGUCCGGGGUGGAGAACGUGUUUCCUGAGCUCUUCACAUAUAAGACUGUCAGCAUGUUAGAUCUCCCAGAGACGGACAUCACUGCAUACUUCCCAGAAUGCUUCGAGUUCAUAACACAAGCCAGAGAGCAGGAUGGCGUGGUGUUGGUUCACUGUAACGCUGGAGUUUCUCGCUCUGCUUCAGUGGUCAUCGGGUUCCUGAUGUCUGAGCUGAAGAUGUCGUUUGAUGAAGCCUUCAGUGUUGUCAAAUCCUCCAGACCACACAUUCAGCCAAACCCAGGCUUCCUCCUGCAGCUCAAGACAUACAAUCCAGCAUGACACACACACUCAUACACACAAGCAUAUGUGUUUUCAGUGCCUACAUGUUUCUCACACCUGCUGCAUCAUUAUGCUGAUGAGCUGAUGAGGUCACACAGGUGUGCUGGAUAUUUCACACACACACACACACACAACAUAAGAAGCUCCAGAACCAGUAUUGAGACGUUUUACUGCCAAUAAAUGGAAACAGAAUUAAACAAUAUACAGAAACUAUUAUAAAAGUUAUAAUGUUUUCCAACACAAACACCAUUAAAUUGUAUAUUGUCAUUUUAACAUACCACCAAUAGAAGGCAAAUAAUUACCAGUAGAAGCCCAAAAGACCAUUAUAGUUUCCAUUAAAACUAAUCUAAUUUCCAUUAUAAAACUGUAAAGAAAUUCCAUGAUGAUUUCUAAUGUUUGUUUGAUUGAUUAUGCUUCAUAUAUAUAUUUAUUUUUAAAUUAAUGGUUACACUUGUUUCAUGAAUUAAACUUUUUAUUAAUGUUCUUGACAUUUUCAAUUGGUUUAGUUUGGGACUUUUAUUUUAAAAUUCAUUGUGACGCAAUUUUAACUAGAACCCUCGCUUGCGUCACAAUAUCCGCUUUUUAAGUGUGACGUCACGCGAAGCGGCUUUCGGGUCUAAACGCUUUAUCAAACUGAAUGGGGAGACUCAUCAAAUGGUAAUAAUAAACGUUUACAAAGCUUUACGUUUUACAAAAUUACGAUCGCAACAUAUAUAUCCAUACGUAAUAUCCGAUGGCCAGAAAGUGAUUUAUUUUUUUAAAAAUUGGUAAUAUUUUGGUAUUUGUGAUGCAGCAAGUCCAGAGACUGUUGUGUAAAAGUGACCAUGAACGGACAUUUUCUCAAUUCAAAUGAGUAGCGGCUUAGACCCGGAAACAGUAGCAGAUACGAUUUUAUUUAGGUCAAAAUUAUACCAAUUUCGAUUCCCCUGUUAAUUCUUAAAAUCGUUGGAUGUAGAAACGCUGCACUCUAUGCUUUGUGUAUUUAAAUUACAUUUUUUUUAUUUACAUUCGUUUAUUUUUUACCAUUGUUAUAAUAGUUUUUUUUUAUGUUCACCUUU